CGUCUCCCUCUUGCUCCGCAAAUUGGCGUCCUUUUUUACGAAAGGGUGUGUCCGCCUUGUGUGUGCUCGCAUCGUGGGAAAGGCUCUCGCUUCAGCCAUUUGCGCUGCCCGAUUAACUUUGCGUCGGGUGUAUGGUUUAUAUUCCUGCCGUCUGGUGACAACUUCGUUGAUCAGCGCUGCCGUACGGCUUUUGUGGUGAAUUUGUAUUAGCGUCUGCCGUCGACAAGAGAUUAGUUGUACGGCUUUUAUCUUUUGCCUCUGUAAUCUUCUGAUAUCAUGGAGCCAUAUUUUGCUGGUUUUAAGCAGCAGGACUACGAAGUUACUCUUGAACUUGCAAGUGAGGAGAUUCAAAAAAAUAGAAAUGGGCAAAAUUCUAAGUCAGGAUCUUAUGGUGUCAGUAUUAGAGUGCAAGGAAUUGAUGGACAUCCUUACAUAGUACUAAACAAUACAGAAGGGUGUUUGUCAGAAAAUCCUCCUCUUUCUGGGAAAGAACAUCAGGUCAUUUCUCAGACUAUAAGCCAGUCAGUCACGGACUCCAAUACUGCUUUUAAAUUAGAGGACAAAAACAGCGAACACACAGAUUUUCCUGGAACACAGCACAUACAACCCUGUACGUUUAAAAGCCUAAAGAUAAGCAAUUCAGAUGAAAAUGAAAGUGGAAUAUCAGAUUUUAAAGAUGGAGCAUUGAAACCCUCCAACUUGUUAAACUUUCAAAGACAUCCCGAGCUUUUACAGCCUUAUGAUCCUGAGAAAAAUAACUUGAACUUGGAGAAUUGCCAGUCUUCUGUGUAUAAUAAACCUUCAUCUUUUGCAAAUGAAGAGAAAACUGAAGUAAAACCUUGGAUUUCUUCUUCUAAAAUCAUAUCCUUACAGAAAACAAAUACGUAUCUUGCAGAGUCCACCAAAGCAAAUUCAAAAAAAAUACAUUUGAACAGGACAGUAGACAUAGAAAGCCAAAACAAGGAGGUGUUGGAUUGUCCUGGUAGCAUAAUCAGCCCCAGUGAGGUGGGUGUUUCAGAAUCGUUUUCAUCUACGGGAAGAUCCCCAUCUCUUAGUCCUGCUGCCUACCCAGAAACAAGGAAGCCUAGACCAGAUGUACUUCCUUUUCGCAGACAAGACUCAUCUGGGCCAGUGCCGGACUCACGAAGAUCAUCAUCUUCAUCAGCUACUCCCACUUCUGCAAAUUCAUUAUACAGGUUUUUACUUGAUGAUCAAGAGUAUGCAAUCUAUGCAGACAAUGUUAAUCGACAUGAAAACAGGAGAUACAUCCCAUUUUUGCCUGGGACUGGUCGUGAUAUUGACACCGGUUCGCUUCCAGGAGUAGAUCAGCUAAUUGAGAAGUUUGAUAAAAAAGUUGACUCUCAUAAAAGAGGUAGGCCAGGAAAAAGGAAUAGAAUUCAUCCAGACGAUCGUAAAAGGUCAAGAAGUGUUGACAGUGCCUUGUCAUUAGAGCUUGAUAUGAAUUCAGAUUAUUUGGGUGAAGUGAGUAAGAGCUUAGGUAAGUCAACUGAACACUUGCUAAAACCAUCUGAAGUUUGCUUCCAGAAGCAGUUAUCCAGAGAUCAGAAACCACCUUCUAAAGAGAUGAAAAUUUCUGCUCGAAGUAUUGGAAAGCUGCAGGUGCCUGGCAAAGACUCUCAGAACAGUCAUUUCACUUCUUUGCAGCAUCUUAAACAAAAUGGAGAUAAUACUGAGAGUUUCGUAUUUAGGUCAUCUACACUUCCAGGACAGAAAAAGAGAGAGCAAGCUGGAACAGUAACUUCUACUCUGCUGCUGCCAAACAGAAUCACAAUCCCACCUGAUUCAGGAGCCAAAAAGAUUUCUUUAAAAACAUUUUCAUCUGUCCCUAAUAUACAGGCAACACCCGAUCUCUUAAAAGGCCAGCAAGACGUUGCACAUCAAACAAAUGAAGAGACUGCUAAACAAAUACUUUACAAUUACCUUAAAGAAGGAAGCACUGAUAAUGAUGAUGCAACAAAGAGGAAAGUCAACUUGGUUUUUGAGAAAAUUCAGACUUUAAAGUCCAGAGCUGCUGGAAAAACACAGGUUUCUGAUACUUCAGCUGAAAUGAAAGCACUGGUGGAGCAAAAAAACGAACUUGAAAGGAAAGUGGAAGAAUUGCAGAAAAAACUGGAUCUAGAAAUCACGAAUCAGCAAAAUUGCAAAGAGGAGAGAGAUGCUACACGAGCAAGCCUGCAAGAGCUUCAGCUCCGACUUGAUGAAAGUAUAAGUGAAAAAGAUGCCUUAAAAAAGAACUUGGAAGAAAACGAGAAGGAGCUCAGGCAAAACCUUGAGGAGCUUUUUCAAGUGAAGAUGGAGCAGGAAAAACACCAGACUGAAAUCAGAGACCUUCAAGACCAGCUCUCUGAGAUGCACGAUGAACUGGAUAAUGCAAAACAUACUGAUGAACGGGAAAAAGAGGUUCUGAUUGAGGAGCUAAUGCAAAUGAAGCAGGAUCUGCAAGAAAUAUUAAUUGCAAAAGAUCAACAAGAAGAAAUUUUGAGAAAGAGAGAGCGGGAGCUUACAGCUUUAAAAGGAGCACUAAAAGAAGAAGUGUCUAGCCAUGACAUGGAGAUGGAUAAGCUCAAAGAGCAACAUGAUAAAGAAAUGCUAAAUCUACAACAGAGCUUGGAGAAAGCAACGGAGAAUGCUGCUGUUCUUGCCAGUGAAAGAGAUGCUGUGGAAGAGGUACGAAAUAGUAUAGAAAAUCAAGUCAAAAAGCUGACUGAGGAAAACACGCAGUUGAAGAGAACAGUUGAUGAACUAGAAACAAAAAAUGAAGAGUUGCACAAACAAUUUGAUAAUAUGAAAGGAGAAGAAAGUUCAAUGAAGGAAAAAUUAAAAAGAUAUAAGGAUGAAAAUCAACAAUUAGAAGAAGCAUUGAAAUAUGCUGAAAAAGAGGCAAAAGAAUUGAUGGAAUUAAAAACAUCCUUAGAAAGCCAACUAGAAAAUAUGCAGGAGAACAUCCGCUGUAUUUCACAGGAACGACAGCAGUUAACCCAACAGUUAAAAGAUGAAACUCACCAGAAGGAACAGCUGGAGAAGAUAAAGAAUGAAAUGGAAAAUGAACGAUGGCAACUGAACAAGACGGUUGAAAACUUACAGGAGGAGAUGGCUGAAAUAGUGGAGGCCUCAAGAACAUCAACUGUGGAGCUUCAGAACCAGCUUGAUGAAUACAAGGAGAAAAAUCGCAGAGAACUUGCAGAUGUGCAGAGACAAUUGAAAGAAAAAAACCUUGAGGUAGAAAAAUCACGCCUGACAACCAUUAGAAUGCAGGAUGAGAUGCGUCUCCUGGAAGAAAACUUGAGGGACCACCAGAGAGCUCAAGAUGAAGCAAUAACAAAAACUCAGUUGUUAGAACAGACUGUGAAGGGUUUGGAGUAUGAACUGGAAGCCAAAAACCACCUGAAAGAUGACCGAGCAAGACAAAUCAAAUUAAUGGAGGAUAAAUUAUCUCACCUGGAACUUGAGCUUGAUGAAGAAAAGAAUAAUUCGGAUUUGUUGUCUGAGAGGAUCAGUAGAUGCAGAGAACAGAUUGAACAAAUGAGAACAGAACUACUUCAGGAAAGAGCUACAAAGCAAGAUUUGGAAUGUGACAAGAUUUCUCUGGAAAGACAGAACAAGGACUUAAGGAGUCGAAUCCUUCACCUGGAAGGUUCUUAUCGAUCAAGUAAAGAAGGACUUGUUGCUCAAAUGGAAGCAAGGAUCACGGAGCUAGAAGAACGACUUGAAAAUGAAGAGAGGGAUAGGGCUAAUUUCCAACUAAGUAACCGCAGACUUGAGAGAAAAGUGAAGGAGUUAAUGUUGCAAGUAGAUGAUGAACAUCUCUCAUUGACUGACCAGAAGGAUCAGUUGAGUUUGCGUUUGAAAGCAAUGAAGCGUCAAGUUGAAGAAGCAGAGGAAGAAAUAGACAGACUGGAAAGUGCUAAAAAGAAACUUCAGAGAGACCUAGAAGAGCAACUAGAUAUGAAUGAACAAUUGCAAGGACAGCUUAAUGCUGCAAAAAAGGAAUUGAGUAGACGAAAGAAGUCACCAAGUAAAGUGCUGACUGAUUUUGAUGAUGAUGAUGACGAUGACGAGUUCAGCACGGAUGGCGAUAGUCUCUGUGAAGCACCUUCAGGAAAUAACUUUUCAAAAGAUAGUGACACAAUAAUGUAAAAUAAGUAUUGGCUCUGUGUUUCCUUGAAAGUACUGGAAGAGUAACUUAAACUAUCAAAAACCUGGAUAUUUUAGAAGCCAAAUACCAUAAAGGGAUGUAAGAUCUGGGAAUUUGAUGUUUCCAUCCAUACUGUGCCAUUUUCUUAUUUAGAUAUCUUCUGCUUAUUAUAGAAAAGAGAACUGUGUUGUAAAACAGCUAUAAAACAUGGUUAUAUAUAACUGCUACUGAAAACACAGGGAUAACAUUUCGCCUUGGAAUUGUGAUUUUGUUAAAAUUCUGUUUAAGUAAAGAGCCAUUUGAAAGUAAUUCAAGUUCAGUUUGUAGUUAAUAAAGCUUUUUCACUAAAAUUAAGGAAGACACAGAUGAUUAUUUAAUAAUUGUAAGUACAGAUGAAUGAUAUAUAGAUUGUAAAUAUUUUAAAAAUCUGAUCUUUUAUUGACUACUUUAGUACUAUUUUGUAAAGUUUUAAGUAUUAUAAAAAUCAGUUUCAUAUGUAGAAUAUCUAAAUUUAUACUAAAUAUUAUACUUGGGUUUUAACUAAAAUAAAAUACUUUUUUUGCAUUACA